CCACUUUUGCAAAAUGAAUUGUUGAUUCUCGCGACCAUGCUUUUCGAACAGGACUAUUGAUUUUUUCUCUCAAAACAUCAAGAACAAAUUUUCGAUUAUGUUUCAAACUGAUAGUUUUGUCUUCAUAGUUGUAUUCCCAUUCUUGAGCGGCACAAGAUUCGGCAUAUCUUACGAAUUGAAUAAUUCGUGUACCUUUACAAAUAUUGAAAAUUUAAAUCGUAUUUGUUACUUUAAUACCUCCAGCAACAUCGAACACGAACCCAGUUCUUUUGUUGGUAAUAAAUGCUCCAUUAAAAUACCAGAAAGCUUGAAUGAUUUUAGCACCUUGAAAAAUAGAAGCAUUUUCAACUUCAAGAACUUUCUCAGAAUGUUGAGCUAUAAUCCAAUAAUAUUUAGUCAUUUUUAGGAUAAAUUAUUAGAAAACCGUUUGUGAUGUGAAAUAUUUUCUACCAAAAGGUAA